UCCCAGCCAGGAAGCGGGAGAGUUCUUCAAUCCACGUUAAUCUGUGACAGCUGUCUGGGGUUAUGCUGGGACGGACGUUUCGGGACCUGAUAAUCGAGCUGGGGGUCAGAAGGGGAAUUUAUGGGUUCAGUCAUGAGGAAGUCUGGCAUUGAUUUUGGGGCGGAGGUCAGUAAUUGGAGGUCUGUGAAGACUGAUGGGAAGUCUGGGAUGAAUGUUGGGUACGUACAGGGGUCAGUAAUAGCGAGAGCUGUAUGAUCUGUGGGUCAGGGAUGGCAGGUCUGUGCGCUGUUGGAGCAUCCGUGUGGCCAGUGAUUUGUGGACCUGUAUGGCCAGUCGUGUGAUCGGGGUUCCGUGCAGGUGCUCUUUGGGAUUUGGGAUUUCUGCACCUGGUGAUUCAGUGAUUUGUAGGGGGUUUUAAUGCAGCCAGGGACUGAUAAAGGUCAGCUCUAGUUUAGUGGGAAAGGCCUCACUUUACAAUUUCUGCAGGUCAGAGGCCGCCCCCAAGUUGAAACCCCUCCUCAGAUGUUUUCUCAAACCUCCAUCUCCCUCCAUCACUCACGUCCUCACGGAAGAAAACAUCCUUUGAACGUUAUUUUGACAAAGCCUGGGAUAACCCCAUAGGAAACAGUCUACCUUUCAUGGGAGUACUCACUUCUGUGAGUGAGUGCAGCCUUCUCUGUGUGACCCAUCCUGGGACUGAGAAGAAUUUACCAGGGUGGCCUGUUUUCCUCUUGGUGGUUGUUUCUAGACUGGUAAAUGGCUCCUGGAGAUUUAGUCUGUCUUUCAGUCCUGAUUCCUCAGACCUCUGCUCUUUUGGAAGAGAAGCAGAAAAUGACCAAGUCUCACCUUUCACCAAGGAGGAGUGGCAGCAACUGGACCCUGCUCAGAGGACCCUGUACAGAGAUGUGAUGCUGGAGAACUUCAGCCACCUAGUCUCAUUGGGGCAUCCAGUGUCCAAACCAGAUAUCAUCUCCAAGUUGGAACAAGGAGAAGAACCAUGGAUCAUAAAGAGACACAUAUCAGAUUGGAUCUGUCCAGAGAGGGAGACUAGACUUGAAAAUCCUCAAUUGGACAUACUUGAAGGUGUUUCCUUCCCUAAGGAGAUAUUGGAAGGUGUAACAAGAGAUCAUUCAUUGUACUCCAUUUUUAAGGAAUGGCAGGAUGAUGACCAGCUGGAGAGAGAUCAGGAAAAUGACGACAGACUUCUCAGGCAAGUCAUGGCCAUCAAAAACAAAACAGUUGUUGAAGAAUCAGGCUAUUCAUAUAAGGCAUUAGGAAAAAUGUUUCAUGACUACACAGACCUAGAUGCUUCAGGACAAGGACGGUAUACAUGUGACUCAUUUGAAAAGAGCUUGGAACCUAAUAUAAACUUACUCAGUUGUAAUAGGGGUUAUGCAAGAAAAAACACUGGUGAGAAUUUUAGAUGUGGGAGUACAUCUAUUUCUUCCUAUUCUAAGCAUGAAAAAAUUCAUAAUGGAGUGAAACACUGUGAAGAUAGUCAGUGUGGAAAGAUUAUCAGCAAUAAACAAUCUCUUAUUCAAUAUGUGAAUGUUGAAAGUGGAGAGAAGACCUGUGUAUGCAUUGAAUGUGGAAAAUCUUUUCUAAAAAAGUCACAACUCAUAAUACAUCAAAGAAUUCAUACUGGAGAGAAACCAUAUGAUUGUAGUGCAUGUGGGAAAGCCUUCAGUGAGAAGUCACAUCUCAUUGUACAUCAGAGAACUCAUACUGGGGAGAAACCUUAUGAAUGUGCUGAAUGUGGAAAAGCCUUCUCUCAGAAAUCAUCCCUCAUUAUACAUCAGAGAGUUCACUCUGGGGAAAAACCAUAUGAGUGCAGUGAAUGUGGGAAAGCCUUCUCCCAGAAAUCACCCCUCAUUAUACAUCAGAGAAUUCACACUGGAGAGAAACCUUAUGAAUGUAAUCAGUGUGGGAAGGCCUUCUCCCAGAAGUCACAGUUGAUAAUACAUCAUAGAGCUCAUACUGGAGAGAAGCCAUAUGAAUGUACUGAAUGUGGGAAAGCCUUCUGUGAGAAGUCCCACCUCAUUAUUCAUAAAAGAAUUCAUACUGGGGAGAAACCGUACAAAUGUGCUCAAUGUGAGGAAGCCUUCAGCAGGAAGUCAGAACUCAUUAUACAUCAGAUAAUUCAUACUGGGGAGAAACCUUAUGAAUGUACUGAAUGUGGAAAGACCUUCUCCCGGAAGUCACAGCUCAUCAUACAUCAGAGAACGCAUACUGGAGAGAAACCCUAUAAAUGCAGUGAAUGCGGAAAAGCCUUCUGUCAGCAGUCACAUCUCAUUGGACAUCAGAGAAUUCACACAGGAGAAAAACCUUACGUAUGCAGUGAAUGUGGGAAAGCCUUCUCUCAGAAGUCCCACCUCCCAGGGCAUCAGCGCAUUCAUACAGGAGAGAAACCUUACGUAUGUGCUGAAUGUGGAAAGGCCUUUUCCCAGAAGUCAGACCUUGUUGUACAUCGGAGAAUUCAUACUGGGGAGAGACCCUAUCGGUGUGCUGUAUGUGGGAAAGCAUUCAUUCAAAAGUCACAACUCACUGUACACCAGAGAAUUCAUGCAGUGGAGAAAACCUGUGUAUGUAUUACAUGUGGAAAAGCCUUUGCUAAGAAGUCACAGCUCAUUGUACAUCAACGAAUUCAUACUGGAAAGAAACCAUAUGAUUGUGGUGCAUGUGGGAAAGCCUUCAGUGAGAAGUUUCAUCUCAUCGUACAUCAGAGAACUCAUACUGGGGAGAAACCUUAUGAAUGUGCUGAAUGUGGAAAAGCCUUCUCUCAAAAAUCUUCCCUCAUUAUACAUCAGAGAGUUCACACUGGGGAAAAACCAUAUGAGUGCAGUGAAUGUGGGAAAGCCUUCUCCCAGAAAUCACCCCUCAUUAUACAUCAGAGAAUUCACACUGGAGAGAAACCUUAUGAAUGUAGAGAGUGUGGGAAGGCCUUCUCCCAGAAGUCACAGCUGAUAAUACAUCAUAGAGCUCAUACUGGAGAGAAGCCAUAUGAAUGUACUGAAUGUGGGAAAGCCUUCUGUGAGAAGUCCCAUCUCAUUAUACAUAAAAGAAUUCAUACUGGGGAGAAACCGUACAAAUGUGCUCAGUGUGAGGAAGCCUUCAGCAGGAAGACAGAACUCAUUACACAUCAGUUAAUUCAUACUGGGGAGAAACCUUAUGAAUGUACUGAAUGUGGAAAGACCUUCUCCCGGAAGUCACAGCUCAUCAUACAUCAGAGAACGCAUACUGGAGAGAAACCCUAUAAAUGCAGUGAAUGCGGAAAAGCCUUCUGUCAGAAAUCACAUCUCAUUGGACAUCAGAGAAUUCACACAGGAGAAAAACCUUACGUAUGCAGUGAAUGUGGGAAAGCCUUCUCUCAGAAGUCCCACCUCCCAGGGCAUCAGCGCAUUCAUACAGGAGAGAAACCUUACGUAUGUGCUGAAUGUGGAAAGGCCUUUUCCCAGAAGUCAGACCUUGUUUUACAUCAGAGAAUUCAUACUGGGGAGAGACCCUAUCGGUGUGCUGUAUGUGGGAAAGCAUUCAUUCAAAAGUCACAACUCACUGUACACCAGAGAAUUCAUAACAGUGGUAAAAUCAUAAUGAACUGAACACAGAAAAGCCUUCUCAGUAUUAGCUCAAGCCUUAAUAAAUACUAGGAACCUGACUGAUUUGAUAUUUAUGGGACAUCUUUAUAGAUAAAAUUUUACAAGAGAAUUCAUGUCUGUAGUGUGGUGAUACCUAGCUCAGCAAAGAUGAUGGAAAAUAAUCAUAAAUGAAGAACAUUUUCAACAUGGUGUAUAAAACUUUUAAAGUUAUGGUCAGUAGAACAAAUUAUGUAUAUAGAAUAUUGUCAAGUUACAUAUUCUUUAUUAUACUACAUUAACAAUAACCAGACAUUGUGAAAUUGCUAAUAUUAGCUUGGCAUAAUUUUGGCCAGACAGUAAUUCCCAAUAAAGGACAUGAGGAAAGCUUGAGUAAAAAGAAAAAGAAAGAAAAUCAACUCCUAGAAACUACAUUAUUAGGAGGGGCUUGGCAUGACCCCUAAAGAUACAUGUAAAAUUCUUGUACAAAGAUAGGUGGAUCAGAUUCAAUACAGGUGAUGUUUAUGCAUUUUCCCAUCUCAAGCAUAUAAGUUGACCUGUCUCUCUGGAAGGAUCCUGGACCUUGAAAUCAGUGCACCUUGACCUGAUCUCCCAUUUAUUCUUCCUCACUGAGAGUUUGGUAUUGUGGAAAUGCUUUGGUACUGAGCCAGAUGGUCUUGUGUUUUAAUCCUGGCUUAGCUACUCACAGAUUGUGUGACUUCAAGCAAGCCUGCUUCACCCAUCUGAAUAUUUUCUGUUAUCAUUAAAAAAAUGUAGAGCACAUUUUCAGUUAAUAUUAGUUCUUUUUAUCUUUCUCUUUAUCCUCCUGCAACUGGAUGCUAAGACUAAUGUGUAAAAACUACAUCUAAACUUGCUUUGCAUUCCAGACACUCUGCUCUUGAUAUCCCAUUCCCAUGACUGUUCAUUUUACUGUCUUUGACCCUGGUAGCCUUGAUUCUUGGUAUGUUAAAGUGACAUUUUAUUGUGCUUUUAUUAUUUUUUACAUACAUUUAUAUAAACUGGUGAUUACACAUAAAGAUCCUGUCUAAUGUCUCUCCAGUUCUUUUCUGACUCCUGCCCUCCCCACAACUGUUUUCCCUGGGAACAAAGGACACUUGCAGAGCAAAACUCUUGGGAUGAGAAAGUAUGCCUGCCACAGAUUUGAGAAUUUGAUAUCUCUAAAAUAUCUCUUGCUCUCUUUCCUGUUGUUCUGCCUAUUCCUCCAUGAGCACCCUUAUUUGUGGUGCCUGCAGAAGGGCAAUACUUGGCAAGAAUGAGGGUGUCUGUAUACUUAUGUUCACAUAGUUCUUCAUAUAGUUCCUGCUUGAUUCCUUCACGUUUCCUGCCCACCUGAUCUUCUUCCUGAAGGGCUGAACUGUCUCUUAAGAAAAAAUGGGGACCCUCUGGGUAAGAACCUCUGCAGGGGAGAGGACAUGCCUAACGGGGAUGUGAGACAUUCCUAGUUUGUGUGGAUAAAUUCUUGACUUCAUUAUGAACAGUGAGCUGAGAACACUCACAUCAGAUAUAAAUUGACCAUUCAGACCCAGGAAAGAAGGCCUAGGAGUACAGAUUUUGGGUUUAGCUACUCUGACAUUUUCUCAUGGAAGAUGUCUCAACUGAUCCUUAUGAGGCAUGAGAAGGACCAAAAAAUAAAAUAAUUUUGUGAACACACAGAAAUUUAGUGAAGAGCGAGUUCUAUAUAGUGACAGCUAUGGGACUAAUGUAGAUAUAACAAAGAUUCAUAAUUCCUACUUUACAGGCCUCCCAUUUGGUUUCCCACUGUCACAAACCUCCAGCCAACCUUGUUGAUCUGAUGAUGGACUUCUAUAAGCAUCCCAAUUUAGACUUAGCACCUACUAAUUUAAUACUUCACUUCUUUUUUGAGCAUUUUAUUAGAGGAGCUAAUCAGUGCAAUGCAGCAAGAAUAGGAAAAUAGGCAUAAGGAUUAGAAAGGAAAAAGUAAUAUAGACAUUGUAGAUUAUACAAUUAUGUAUAAGAAAAGCAAAGAUAUACUGAUUAAAUAUUAGAAAUA